CCAGUCAGGCUCCAGGCUGCUGUAAUUUACAGUCCGGCAGCUACUUGGCCUACUAUUUUCAAGAGGGUCCUUUCCGUUGGAGGUGACCUGACAUUCAGCGAUUUCUAUCAACGGGAGGGAGCAGCUGAAUCUUACACCAUGGCAAUGCAGAAAUUAGCUGCGAAAAUACCAGUAUUGGCCAAUGCGGCUGUUGCUUAUUCCAAACCCCGGCUCGCAACAUUCUGGCACUACGCUCGUGUGGAGCUGGUGCCUCCCUCGCCAGCGGAGAUCCCCAAGGCCAUCGUCGGCGUGAAGGACGUUGUCGCAGCAACAGGCCGCAUCGGUCAGCUCACAGUCAGGGACGCAGUGAGGAAUGGUUUGGUCGCCACAGAAGUCCUGAUGUGGUUUUACAUCGGUGAAUGCAUCGGAAAGGGUGGCAUUGUCGGAUAUGCUGUGUAAAUGUAAAGAUUGUCCUCUGUUCUUUGUUUAUAGUGCUUGCACAAGCCCUCUGUGUCUAUUUCCAGCUCUGGUGACACAAUAAAGAAAAUUAUUGUUUAAAAACAA